AUGCUAAUGACGACACGACAUGGCGGACAUUGUUGAGAUAUUUUUACAACUUUUGGGGUGCAGUGACGACGGUGCAGGUCAUGGCACGAUGCGUGUGGUAUUUUUUAGCUACUGCGAGUUUGCCGUAACUCAAUUCCUCGCCAUUUCGACGUACCUGUCGUUGGUCUACUCGACGGAAGAUCCAUCUAUUCGCAUUUACGGCCUCCUGUUCUUCAUCGUCGAAAUCGUCGUUUGUUCUUUAAUAGUCGUUAGGGUCUACCAUCAUUCACAACAUCGCGAUAUGUACCAGCGUUCACAGAAAGUGGGAAUACCGGAAAACUAUAGACAGAAAAUCACGAUGGUGAUCAAAUACCACCUCGUCAUGUCGAACGUGCUCGUGGUGAUUCCCCUGUUGUGCACGAUUUCGUUGGAUUGGGUGCGGAUGGGCGAUCCGUUCACGUUCCCUUCCAUAGACGUGUUGCCCAUAAAAACGACAAACGUGAAUGUCUACAUUUGCAAAUAUAUCUUAUACGCUUUGCCCACGUAUUUUGCACACUUGGAAAUGUGUUUCAUGAACGUGACGUUUAUGUAUUCCACGGGCGCCGUGAAGGGACAUUUUCAGAUACUCGAAGAACGGGUCGUAGAAGCGAUGGCAACCCAGGACGAAGAGAAAUUAAAGAUCGCGAUCAAAUACCAUCAACAGACGUUGAAGUUUUUUAAAGAUAUGAAAACAGUAUAUGAAAAACCAUUAUUAAUAGCAAUAGAAGUUUCUAUACUAUAUAUUGGCUUAUCUGGCUGUACAAUGAUUCAAGUCGUGCAGGGUUUUGUUGAUCCAAUAAUAUUGGGAUUGUGUAUAGGUAGUUGUGUGUCGACUUUCAUGACAAUUUCCAUUUAUUGCAUUUGUGCAAGCAAUAUGUAUGAUUUACACGAUGGUAUAUUGAAUGCAAUUUUUGAACAACGGUCAUGUUUUUCUCGAAACAAAUCAUUUAAACGACUUGUUUUAAUGAUGAUGACAAGAGCAACAGUAUCAUUGGAAUUUAGAGUGUAUUCCAUAUUCACCAUAAACUUAAAUCUACUUGUCAAAAUUCUAAAAUUGACAUAUACGCUGUUGAAUGUUUUAUUAACUUCAGUCAAUCGGCAAUUUAAAGAAACUGCAAAAUGAAAACAAAUUUUAUCUUUAUGAAUGAUUAGUGAAUAUUUGAUGAGAAAAAAUCUUUUUUAUUUUUAAUUCUAAAAUGUUAUUUUUAAAUCAAAUUGUAUUCGUCUGUUAAGUAAAAUUGUUGUUAGUAAUUUUAUUUAUUUCAGAUCUUAAAAUAUCUCACAUAAUAUACUGUGUUUAAAACCGUACUACCGUCAUCUUUAAAUAAAAUA